AUGUCGCUUCUAGUACGGUCUACCGCGUUGAAGCGGACUUCGAGGACUCUAUUGAAGUGUCUGUCGAAGAAGAAUUUUGAGAAACUGAUUUAUCGAACGUAUCUUGCAGAUAAUGGGAAGUUUAAUACAAGCAACCAUAUCAAGAAGUCUAAUGCUUUUCCAUAUACAAGGGAUUUGAAUUUGGCCCUCUUGAGUGGUGGAGUUUUAAUUCUGAGUUAUUCUUACUUCUCUUCAAAAAGUGUUGUCUCAUUGGACACCGUUAAGGGACUGAGGCACUAUUCAAGUAAUACAGAUGGUCAGGAUCCCUCACAGCAAAAUGGUGCUAAGGAAAGUGGGUCACAAACUGCUAACUCAAGCUCUGGGGACUCGCUUGUGCUGUUGACAGAGCAAGAAGUUAAUGCAAGAUUACGGGAUCGGCAAAAGAGUUUCUUGGUGAACCGUGGUAAAGGUAUUGUACGAUAUGAUGUAUCGCAAUUGCCUUCUAACCAUCCAAUCGAGGACAAUCACGUUGAACAGGUCAUUACCGUACCGGUCUCUUCGGAUGACAGCCAACCGGAGGAUCUUUACUUCUUUGGGAUCUUCGACGGCCACAGUGGUUCAUUCACUUCCACAAAGCUAUCUCAGGACCUCGUAAGGUAUGUUGCACAAAGAUUAGGUCAAUUUUACGAGGAAGAAGGGGGUUUCCUGGCCUCAUCUUCUAAAAUGGAUAACGCCAUCGUGCAGGCUUUCGAACAGCUAGAUAACGAUAUUGUCUAUGGCUCUUUGCGGAAGCUGUUCCGCGAGCCUACAAAGGAAAACAUGGUCGGCUGUUUGCCAGCAAUCUCAGGCUCCUGUGCUCUCCUGACAGCUUAUAAUUCCUUGAAUUCUACUGUCAAAGUUGCUGUUAGUGGAGAUUCAAGAGCCUUGAUUGCAGGUUUAGACAAAAACGGUGAGUGGGUAGUUAGAUCCUUAUCAACAGAUCAAACCGGUGAUAAUCCUGAAGAAGUAGAAAGAAUCCGCUCGGAGCAUCCUGGAGAACCUAAUGCUGUUCGCAAUGGAAGAGUUUUGGGCUCGUUGCAACCCUCAAGAGCGUUUGGUGACUACCGUUAUAAGGUCAAAGAUGUUGACGGUAAAACUUUAGCCGAUUUACCAGAACAUGUCCGCAUUUAUUUUAGAUCGAAACCAAGAGAUUUUCUGACCCCACCAUACGUCACUGCAAGGCCAGAGAUCACCACUACCAAGAUUGAUUCAGAUACAAAAUUCAUGGUUCUUGGUUCCGAUGGGUUAUUCGAACUCCUCAGUAAUGAGGAAAUUGCGGGCCUUGUUGUCAAGUGGAUUGAACGUAACAGCGGACUGAAACCGGCGCUGCAAUCUCCAGAGAACAAGCUUCCUCAUAUUACAGAUCUAUCACCUGAUAAGGAAUCAUUGAGGCCAGCAUUCAGAUACAAGAGCCGUAAGGACUCCGAAGGAUUUCUGAUGGAGGACAAGAACGUGGCCACUCAUUUGAUCAGGAACGCUCUCAGUGCAGGAGGUAGCAAAGAAUAUGUUUCUACGUUGGUCAGUAUUCCAUCGCCCAUGAGUAGAAAAUACAGAGACGAUUUAACCGUUACGGUCGUGUUCUUCGGUGAAUCCGACCAGACCAACGAUGGAACCAUACAAACCAAUUUUGAAGCCACUACUCAGCCAAAAUCAAAACUCUAA